AUGCGUCGUGGAGUCGUUUUGGAGAACAUUUCGCAUCUAUCUAUCCAUCUAUCUAUCUAUCUAUCUAUCUAUCUAUCUAUCUAUCUAUCUAUCUAUCUAUCUAUCUGCAAAGGCGUGCCGAAAAUUGAAUUUUUACAUUCAUUUUAUUCUCUCUAUUUCUCUUCUUCCUCGUUUGUAGCUUCUUCUUUUACUGUUGUUAUUUCUGUUGUUUUCCACUCUGACCUUCCAGUUUUGUUACAAUCCAUUUUCUUUUGUUUCUUUCUUUCACAAUAUUCCUUCAUGUUUUGUUUCCUUUGUUAUAAAGUUUCUUUCAGAACAUUGAUUCAUAUUCUUUCUUUCUCACUUUCUUUCUUUCUUUUAUCUUUCUUCCAGAACAUUGAUUCAUAUUCUUUCUUUGUUCUUUCUUUCUUUUUUCUUUCUUUCAGAACACUGAUUCAUAUUUUUCUUUCUUUCUUUUUCCCUUUCAGAACAUUGAUUCAUAUGGUUCUCUCUUUCUUUCUUUAG